UUCCACGCACUCUAAUCUACUCAAACACACACAAGCCCUCUGACACACAAGGAUCGAUAAUAGCGUGCCAUCGAUCUCCAUCCUAACAAUAACACCAAGGCGAGAGCUGGGCGCUGGGAGCGCUCACUUCCAACUGUGUUGCACACUGCUUCUCGGCUCUGUCAUGGUGAACCAGAUGACAGCGAAACAGUAGUUUAACUUUGGCAUUAAAAUACUAAUAAUAUUAUAUGUUUUAUCGUUGCCAGAUUCUUCACGUGUGGUAAGGGUGUUGUGUGCCAUGACAUAGGUAACAUAACAACAAACUCAUUCUCUCGUCUUCCACGACAGGCUUGUGUGAUCUAAUGUGAAUGGCAGCUGCAGUGAAAUCAUUCAACACCUUGGCUGCUCGUUGAGCCACAUAACAUCAUGGUGGAGGACAGCACAGCGGACGACCACGAGUCCGCCAUCUUGUGUUCCCUGCGCCAUCUACUCCCCGACUUCCUGUCAUGGGAAGCACCCAGCAGUUCUACACUGACCAACUCCCUGGCCAGCUCACUAUCCUCUCUGUCCAGUAUCCAUCUCCUGGUGCUGGCACUGGGCAUUCUGGUUCCGGUAUCUGUGAGGUCGUGGUGCAAGACAAGAGACAGGAAAAACUUGCCAGGCCCCUGGUCUUUUCCGGUGUUUGGUCACGUGACAAGCCUGUGUUCCACCCCUCACCUGACCUUGACCCACCUCCACCGUCAGUAUGGAGACAUCUACAAGGUGAAAGUCGGUCGUUACGAAGUGGUGGUGGUCGGAGGUAUGGAGGGUGUGAGGGAAGGCCUUGUGGAGAGGGCAAGCACUCUGUCGGCUCGACCAGCGUUCCAGAACUUUGCACAUUUGUAUGAUGAGGAGGAGGGUAGGCAUAGAGGUUUAUGCACGGCUGACAACACAGAGAAGCAUGUUGUCCGCAAAGCCUUCCUCACGGCUAGCAUCGACGCCUACUGCUCGGACACAAGGCACAUAGAGGACAAACUGGGCUCAGAGAUUAUAGACACAGUCAGUAGGCUCAUUGACAAGGAAGGUGACAUUGACCCCCACGAACCUCUCAAGGCCGCUUGCCUCAACAUCAUUUUUAGGUUGGUAUUCAACCAGCAGUUUGACCCGCAGGGUGGCCUGAUGCGAGAGACUCUAACUACCCUGGACAACCGAGUGGACAUGUUGGCAGUGAACCCGAUUGACCUUUGUCCACUCUGGAAGCUCUUCAACACAGACGAGCACGCCUCGCUGGUGCAG